AUGGCUAGCUCUGCGACCAGAAUGCCUUUGCCUGCCGCAACCUCAUGUUCAGCUCGUCUUUUCCUCCGUCUGGCCGACGCCGUCCGUCCAGCACUUAUCGGCACCGUCUGGCGCUCAACUGCCGCUGGGACUGCCGUCACCUGUUCUCUGGGAUCCGCAGCCACAGCAUCCGCUGGUUUGUCCGCUUCUUCCACUGCUUCAACUCUAACGGCUUGCUCACUCGUUACCGCCGGGGUCUCUCCUCCUUUCUCGGCUGCAUCAGCCUCUCCCGCUCUCUCCUGUCGGUCGAUCUCCACCACAUCAUCACUUCCACUCGCGCCAACCGCCUCACUCUUCCCCUGCACUGAACUACCCAAUGUGUCACACGCUCUCACAGUCAGGCCUUCCGGGCUUCCGCUCUUCCCCUGGACUGAACCAACUAUCUCGAAGCCGUCGUCUUGGCGCUCCGUCCACCGUCGCUUGCGCUUGGUGUUCCUCCUCUUGGCUCGUGUACGGCCGCUUCUCAUUUCUUCUUGUUCAGCGUCGGGGUGUCCUUCGGUCGCGAACAGCAGAGUCCCCAUCUCUACUGUCGCUGGCCAUUUCCCGGAACUACUGCUGACGUCGUUGCUGGAGCUGCUGGUGUCGUGGCUGCCUGGGGCUUCUCCUCUCCCACUACUGCUAGUCGUCACUUGCGCGGGCUGCUGGUGUUGCCGCUGUGCGGGUUGUUGUCCGUUCAAGUCCUUCAGCCGUGUUCUGCACUCUCGCCACCAGUGUCCAGGCUUGCCACAGUAA